CAGCUUGAACAGUUCCCUUGUGACAGUUCCUUGAUGUGAUAGUCGCAAUAGAGAAGUAGCAACAACAGAAGUGCCACAGCCCUGCACCCAAGCCUUGGCGACCUUACUCCAUGACCUGUGGACGAGGACCUUUGUGUCCUGACAUGCCUGUCAAAGGUGCCCUGUCCCAGGCAGUGUACAGCCAGCCAUGGAGCAGCAGGCCCAGAUACUGAGGAGCUUCUUGGUCCAGCUGGAGAAUCAAGAAGCUGUGGAUGAGGAGGUAUCGAAUGGAAUUGCUGGGGAGUUUGCCAGAUUGAAAAGCCAGUCAACCAAGUACCGUGCUGACAAGACCUUCCCCACCAAGACAGCGGAAAAGCAGGAAAACAUCAAGAAGAACCGAUACAAGGACAUUGUUCCCUUUGACCACAGCAGAGUGAAGCUCACUCUCAACACAACUAAAAAUGACACAGACUACAUCAACGCCAGCUUCAUCAAGGGAGUGUCAGGUUCAAGGGCAUACAUUGCCACUCAGGGUCCUCUGCCCCACACUGUGCUGGAUUUCUUGAGGAUGAUUUGGGAAUACAACAUAAAGGUCAUAGUGAUGGCCUGUCGAGAGUUUGAGAUGGGAAAGAAAAAGUGUGAACGCUACUGGCCACAGAAACAAGAGCAGCCAUUUGUUUGUGAACCUUUUACAGUUUACUGUGACUCUGAGGAAAAUAAAGGAGAUUAUUUGACAAGGAUGUUAAGGCUGACUUAUCACAAUUGUAGCCGAACUUUGAAACAGCUGCACUAUAUCAACUGGCCAGAUCACGGUGUACCAGACUCCAUUCCUCCCCUCGUGGAAAUGUUGCAUGAGAUGCGUUCCUAUCAGCCCCAUGAUGACAUCCCUAUCUGCAUUCACUGCAGUGCUGGCUGUGGUAGAACAGGAGCCCUGUGUGCCAUUGAUUAUACUUGGAACCUCCUGAAGAAACAGAUGAUCACUCCAGAUUUCAACAUCUACGACUUAGUUCAAAACAUGAGAACCCAGAGACCCUCAGUGGUUCAAACCAAGGAACAAUAUGAUCUGGUGUACAGAACCAUCAAGUUCCUGUUUCAGAGAUAUUUACAGUCCACUGAUGAACAAACCCACAAAAAUGAGGUGACAAUGGUCCCAUCUGCCAUCACAGCGAACAGCGAUUGUGAGCUCUUGCAUCUGAGGGAGGAUCUGGAUCUUCUGCCACAACUUCAGCACCUGUUGGAUGAGGCGAGGGAUGAUUUACAACAGUACGACACAUCCCUGCCUUCCGCUUCAGAAAAUCACAUGGCUGUUAGAGCUCAAGACAAACACAUGGACCAGCAACAAUGGCACCUACCUUGGGCCCAUGCUGACACUGUGGUCAUCAGACAGGACCUGCAAGAGGGACCCAGGACUUCACCCAAAACGGUGCACACGAGCCAGAGAACCUCAGCAGUAGAGGGGCGCAUACAGGAACGCGAUGACAUGCCAUCACUGAACCCUCCACCUUCAUCAGGUGUGCCAGAGGCCGUUUGUCUGAUGGUGGAGGACCCUUACUUUGACACUCCUGUGAGCUCCCCUUCAUCAGAGGAGGUACCUGUUGACUCUACUGAGGACACCAAACAAUGGACAGCUGGCCCUGUGUUCAGCACACCCUCGUUGUUUUUGAAUAACCAGACACUGGAGCUUACCUCUCCUGUCUCAGAUGCUGCUGAAGCUAAUACAGAUGAGGAGGCAGCUCCUCCACUACCUGAACGAACCCCAGAAUCUUAUGAACUGGCAGUGGACAUAGACGACUCAGAUCCCUGCGAAAGGUUAUCGGUUAUCAUGCCACAUAAUGCUGCUGCUGAGGCUGUCGGGGAUUGGGGAGGCAGCCCCCCUUCACCUGCCCCCCCACUUCCAGAGAGAACCCCUGAAUCAUUUGAGUUGGCUAUUGAUCAAGCUCCCGUGGAGCAGAACGUUGAGUUCAGGCCAGCAACGAGCCUGAGCAGAAUAGGAAUGUCUUCAGAAUGGUCUGGUAACUCAAAGCCAGCUGCCACUGCUCUUCAGACUGAGACAAAACACUGGGUGAGGAGUAAGAGUCUGAGAGCAAAAAUGACCUUCACAGCGCCAGUAACACAUCUUGCAUCAAAUACAACUUCAAACCUCCAUCCUACAUGUCAACCUCUGGACCCACUGACUCCUCUGCUGUGUUCUCACACUGAGGACAUCCCGACUCUUCCCCUUCCUGAAAGAACCCCAGAGUCCUUCAUCCUCAAUACAGAUGAGUCUCUUGAGACAGCUACCCCGCAGCCCUUAGAAACAGCACAGCCCUCAUCAAGGGUAGGCACGUCAUCUGAGUGGGAUGGCAACUCUCAGCCCAAGAAAUUCUUCAAUGCUGUCAUGAGCAGAAGCAAGACUGUUCGAGUUAAAAGCUCAAGUCAAGAGCCCCCUAAUGCAGAUCGGCAGCUCGCUCCACCUCCUGUGGCUGUGGCUGAAGCAGGAAGUGGACGUGCAGGACACCAUGAAGUGAACCGCAGGUCCUCCCUGAACGCUGAGCCAUCAGGAAACAAAUCAGACAAAAGCAACGAGAAGGGAAUGUGUAGAACAAAGAGUCUGAAGUUUUUUAGAAACAAACAUAAAUCUAAAAUUGCCCCUCCACCACCUCCUAAUCAACCUGGGGCUUCACCUUCUACAUACGGUGGCACAUUUUCAGUGUUCAAAUUUGGAUUUGGGAACCGUUUUGGAAAGCCAAAAGGCCCAAGGAGUUACCCAGAGACUUGGAUUUGAGGCAGCCGCCCCUCUCUAAACAUCAAAGGUGGAGCUGUUCUUCUAAUGAUGAUCAUAUGAUACCUGCAUCGCUCGGACAUUUGGAGGUUCACUUAUCCCUCGAAGAUCCUGCAGUAGAUAUGAAAACCACCGCAGGCCGCUUCCCUUCAUCUUGCACAGCACAGUAGCGCCCUCUGCAAAGAACAAACAGGAAGUGCCUUGUUACCAGCUCUCACACGUUUUGUAGUGUAAUUGAACGAAUGUUGAUUUUAACUGUUGACCAGUGCCUCGUUGAACAACAUGGACAGCUACUUGGAGCAAUGACUUGAACAUUUAAUUAAAAACUCAGGAGUUUCACUGUGUAGCGUAAUUUGCAGUCUGCAGUGAGGAACUUUACACUUCUUAUUCAAGGCAAUGCUGAUAAGCUUAGUGUAUGAGAAAUAUAUUUAGUUGUGUAUAUGUGCGUGUUUGUGCUUUUGGCAUGAAAUAAGAAAACGGGUAUAACAUUGCGUCAUUUCACUUUUUGUGUUAUAAAGACAACACGCUUUACACCAUUUCAGAGUAUCAUGCCUGUCAUUUAGUUUUUUUUUUCUAAUGCUAUAAGUAGCAGUGUUUUAAAUGAUUUUAAAAGCAUCAUAAACAAGUGAAAAAGGAUGUUAAGGUACAGGGAAUGUGAUGCAUUUUGAAUAUGCAUAUAAUGCAACUGUACAUUUAAACUAUGUUACAUAAACUGGUUACACACAAAAUUAUUUAUUAAAAAAUAUAGAAAGUC